CGCCCGUCCACUGUUUUAAGUUAGUCGGUUUAAAGUUUUUGUGAUAAUAGGACCCGGUGAAUACUAUAAGACAUGGCUCCGAAUAUAUCAGAAGAAAUUGGUUUAGAAUCGUCGGAGGCGAAUCUGGAGAAACUGGUUGCACCACAAGCUGGCCCCAGGAAAUAUGAACUGAUAUAUUCUGUGACAAUGUCACUGAUUUAUGUGCAUUCCGCUUCAGCUUAUGCCUUGUACUUGGGGUGGACGAGAGCGUAUUGGUCGACUAUAUUUUUUACAUACGUUUUAUAUGUCUUGGCACAAAUCGGCGUAUGUGCUGGUGCUCACAGGCUGUGGUCCCACAGAUCAUUCAAAGCAACAACACCGCUGCAGAUUCUUCUAAUGGUCAUGCAUUCUUUGUCCUACCAGUAUACGGCCUAUAAUUGGGCAAGGGACCACCGUUUGCAUCACAGGUAUGCAGACACAGACGCAGAUCCUCACAACUCUACUCGUGGAUUCUUCUAUUGUCACGUUGGAUGGCUGAUCGUCAAGAAGCACCCAGAGGUCGCACGACGAGGCAAAUUCGUUGAUUUCAGCGAUCUUAAUACUAACGCUGUGCUACAGUUUCAAAAGAGAUACGCCAUUCCAUUCAUCGGAUUAGUGGGCUUCGUUCUCCCAACAAUAAUCCCAGUUUACUUCUGGGGCGAGAGCUUCAACGUCGCCUGGCACUUCUGCUUCCUCCGUUACGCCUGCAACCUCCACGCGACCUUCACAAUCAACAGCCUCGCCCAUCUGUGGGGCUACAAGCCGUAUGAUAAGAACAUCCAACCCACCCAAAACGAGAUUGUCAGCGUAGUAGCACUAGGCGAGGGUUUCCACAACUACCACCACACAUAUCCAUGGGAUUACAGAGCUGCUGAACUGGGUAACAAUGUGCUUAAUUGGACGACACUGUUUAUAGAUUUGUUUGCGAAGAUCGGAUGGGCGUAUGACCUGAAGACGGUGCCGAAGGAAGUGGUGAUGAAGCGGGCGGAGAGAACGGGCGAUGGGACGGAUUUGUGGGGUAACAAGAGAUUAAGCAAGUCUGAGUCAUAGUAUUUUAUUAUAUUAAUUUAUUCACAAAUAUACAAUAUCCUUACUUAAAAUAUAUAGUUUUAAAUACAUAGGAUACACAAUAUCGCUGUGAUCUAACUCUACAAACAGAUUUACUACACACACAGUCUGUAAAGAAAACGCUUAAGCCCAAUACACACAUAUCAGUGUAGCCACAGAUUCGACACAGUAGGUACCGACACAGUGCAAAAGAUUCAUACAUUCUCUUGAUUCAUUCUUCUCAUCAGCGCCGGCUUCCUAGUUUCUGCAGCAGAAUAUUGAAGCAACUCUCUGACAUUUUAAAAUAAUCAAAUUAUUUUCUUUCAUCUUUAACUAAUUCUUUGUAUAAUGUGAUGAAUUCUCCUUCCGUCUCUCUUAAUUGCCAAGUUACAUGGACCCAUUUUCUUUUUUUCCUUGAUGCUGCUCUUCUUCUUCGUCUAAAGCAAUGGCUAUCAUCUGCUCUGUAGUAUUGAACACAGCCAUAAUCACGUUUCUUGAUGACGUAUAGGUUCAGAAGCUCUGUAAAUUGAGAACUGACAUGGGCUUUACUGAUAUGUGUGAAUCGGGUUUUAAUCUUAAUCUGUAUGCGCUCCAACAUGAGACAAUUUAUUAUAUGUUUGUAUACAUAUAUAUCAUUAUAUAAAUCGUUGAUUUAGUUAAACUUUUCGCAGGGGUACUAAUAGUUUAACACAUUGAAUGCUUAAACAAUGGAUACACAGUAAUAGCCGGAAAUCAAUCGUUUUUAUGGCGAAUUUUGUUUAAGUAAAUAUGAAUGUUAAAAAAUAACAUAUUUCAGAUCCGAACACUCGGAUCCGAAAGUCAGCAAUGGCUUACGGAUUACGGAUUAUUGAACAAUCAAGCCAAACACUAUAACAAAAGAUGUUUUCUAUGUUAGCCUAAGAACUUUUCAGCGCAUUAGUAGUGUAGGCACAGGUGGUAAACGAAAGCGCUCCUAAAAGUUUCAGAAAGUGUUUAUAGGUGUAAUUUAAGUCAUUUUUUACAAAGUUAUGUAUUCUACGUAAAUGUGAUAAACAAAAUAAGUUAUAAGAUGGGGGAUUAUUUGUAAAAGUGGCUGUUUUUAGAUGAUAUUAAAAUUAUAUUU